CGUUCGUACUGAAACACAAUAUUUUGUUCAGCUGUUUUGCAAUUGAAUUGAGUUUUUGUUGUCAUUUAAUAUUAUUAUUACACGUUAAAUUCACUUGCUUUUGAGACUUGAAGAUAAAAAAAAUAAAGAAAUUAAUUAUAGACAACAAUGGCUAAAUUUCUAUUAAUUAAUUUGACUGGUUUGUUGAUGUUAUUGACUUUCAUAUUGGUCGCCCAAGCUGCAGAUUGCCCAACAGCAUCCAAAAAUUACGUCUGUACUCCUCGCUGUUAUAUAGACAGUGAUUGUGCUUCUAUUGGUGGAAAAUGUUGUCCCAAUUUGUGCAACCAAAAGUCAUGUGCUGCUCCACACUUGUUAACAAAUAGUGGUGAUAAAUACGGCACCAAACCAGAUAAAUAUGGUUCCGGUUCAGUGUAUUGUGGAAAUGUUAAAUGUGGUCCUUUCGAGAAAUGUGAAGUGGAUCGUACUACCAAGCGUGAGAAAUGUGUUAGAGCCUAAAUUAUGCAUGUAAUUUAGUAACCAUUUAAUUUUAUUAUACUCUAUCAUAUUCAUGUAAAAGACAAAUAAAAGCAGUUAUUAUUAUUAUAUUACUAAUUAAA